UCGGGAUCAUGCUUUCAUAGUGAAGAAAGGGCUCCUAAACGGCGUAAACUUUAUCGUUCCAAAUAAAGAGAUUGUGUUGUGCGCCUAAAUAAAGCUCGGACGAUUCCGCACAUCGAACUACCCAAGCCUCGUCCCGAUUGUGUUACCCCUCCCGGCACGCACAAUGGCAACGCAAACGGAAUCGUCGGCGGCCGGCAAAGCGAAGGAGAAAAAAAGUCAAGAAGAAAUUUACGCCGAGUUCCAGCAGCUGCGAAAUCAACAGCGCAAUCUGGUGAAUAAUCUUAACACGAUCGACAUGGACCUCAAAGAGCACAAAACGGUCAUCGAUACACUGAAAACAGUGGACGCCAGCCGGAAGUGUUUCCGGCUGAUAGGCGGCGUGCUGGUGGAACAAACGGUUGGGGUCGUUCUUCCACAGUUGGAACAAAACCGCACCCAGCUGGAGAAGCUGAUCGAGGAGGGCAAAGAGCAAAUCACGAAGAAAGGCAUGGAAAUCAACUCGUUCAAAGAUGAGUACAACAUCAGCGUGCGCGGCCAGGAGGCUGCGACGCCCGCGGCGGCAAGUGAGAAGGACGCUGGCGAGGAGAAAGCGUCCGCCAAUCGUAACGUGCUGGUGGGCGACCUAUAGACCGGUCUGGCCAAAAGCAACCCGUAACCCGUGCUUCCUGUGACGACCAGCGUGGUGGCAUGUGGUCUGGUGUUUGCCACCCUUGUCCGUUCACAGUGUCAGUGCUUUUCCGAGCAAACCUUCAGUGGACACCGUACCGUUUGUUUGCAAUCAUCCUUUCGGGCGCGUGGUCAUUGAGUCGUGUUUGAGAUUCAUCGUGAACCCCAUCCUGUUAGUUGCACGCCUUCACACGUCAUGGAUUGAUAUUUGGCGUUGUUCUUCACUGUUAAUUUAAAGCCGAUUUACGAAUAAGAAUCAUUGAAAUGGAAACAAAUGAUUGAAUGCAAACACGAGUGUCGUUCUUUUCCCAGCAUUUUCUAGCACCAGCGACCAGUGUAGCGUUUGUGUGAGGUAAAAUGCAACGUAAGAAAAAUCAUUUCUCUUUUUAUUUAUCCAGUUCCAAUAAUAAGAACGACC